UACAUUAGUUUAUUCGGUGCAAGUUAAAGUUGAAUACGUUUUGGCAACGCCUUCGUUUGUAACGCGAUUUACAUCUGUCAAAGCGAUCCUUAGCUUAUUUGAUCGCGACUGGAAUCAAGUUUUCGUUGUAUACCUUCAUAGUUUCUGUGAAUUCUGUGUAAUGCAUUAUUCGGUCAUAUUGCGGAUGUGUUCUAAUAUUUGUUUUUUAUGUGAAGUGAUUAUAAUACGUGUAUAAUGACUAGAUUUUGUGGUAUUCUUGUGUGCUGUUGGUUGUAGGCCUCUUGAGGAUUUUCUACACCCUUUUGUGACUUAUAAAUAGCACUAGUACAUUCCAGCAUGUUCAACUUCAUAAAAAAGUCGACUGUUCUAACGAGCGGCGACUCCGGUAACUAUGAGGAGAGGGAUGGUGAGAAAGAGAGAAGGAAACGGGAGAAAAAGGAAAGGAAAGAGCGGGAGAAACGGGAACGGAUAGCGGCUGGUCUUGAAGAACCCUUACGAUUGGAGGAGGUUCGACGAUCGCUCAAGCUUCGGGGUCGGCGUAAAGAAAAAGAGAAACUUCCGUCAGGCAUUACAGCUGACUAUACAGCAUCGCUAUUUGCUCACCUUGAACAAGAUUCGAAUUAUUCUAAUUAUCCGGUUAUAAACACUUCAGGUUCGAACUCCAACCUUAGUGACGAAAAUAAUCAUUUGUCACCAGGAUACCCUGCUACACAUACCUGGAAUAAAAAAGAUGGCAUCUUACAAUCUGAUAGUUCAGAAACCUCACUGAAUUCUUUAAACAAUCCCAACAAUGCUAAUAGCAAUAGUCCUCGACAAGCACCUAAUCUACCUCCCAUUCCACCGCGCCCACCAAAGCGAGGCAUACUCAAAGGUCCACGAUUAAGUAACACGAGCUCUAAUUCCCAAGAAAGUAAUAUCCCCAAUUCAGACACCGUCGAUUAUAUCAACGGCCAAGACUCGAAUGUUCUGGCGCGUAACACUCAGCAAAAUGAAGUUAUCUCUUAUGGUAUCCCACCGUCAAAGAGCACAUCGUCUAGUGAUGAUAUGCAACAAGUACAGAAUUUUACCAAAAAAGUUAUACAUAGUCCUGUAGAAAAUCAAUAUAAGAAUUAUAAAAAUAACGCGAAUCCAUCAAUAAACAGGCAGGACAUGGACGAAGCGCCAAGAACGAACGGCAACAGCUCCCUUGGUGUGACUUCUACCUCACCAAGUGCGGAUUCUCUAACGGACACUACAACAAAUUCUUCUUUUGCCACUCCUCCGUUUUCCACUUCGCCCGUUGGAGAAUCGCAGGGCUUUCACCGCUGGUCAAGGACAAAUACUUUUGAAGAUAUCUAUUUGCCGCUACCCGCAUUAACACCAUUACAACUUCCUAAACCAAGAGUUCUAACAAUACAGCGGCAGAAGGCUCCGAGAAAUGAUUUUGGUUUUAGUCUGCGCAGAGCAAUGAUCCAGGAACGGGUGUUCAUUGGAGAUAUGAGGGAAUUGUUGAGUAUCGAAGAAAAUUCGAUGGUCAAUGGUGAUAGUAAAUGCAAUGGCAAUAAUAUCAUGGUUAGCAAACUGACCUAUAAAGCUGUUAUACUUGCUGAACCUGGGUCUUACCCAGGAGCCAGUGAGACGGGAUUAUUGCCAGGAGAUAGACUUAUUGAAGUCAAUGGGGUGAAUGUCGAAGGGAAAAGUCGGGAAGAAGUUAUCGAUCUCAUUAAGAGCAGUCAAGAAUCUGUGACUGUAAAGGUGCAACCUAUAGCGGAAUUAUGCGAGCUAUCACGCAGGAGGGCGGCCGAUGGUGGAGUGGAGGUCGAACUGUCUGACAGCAAUGUGAGGGGAGGGACCCUCAGCAGGUCCGGCAGUCGGAGGUUUACGAGCACUCAAGCUAAAUCAGAAGAACAACUAGCUUGCGAAAAACAAUGGCUGCAAGCGGGCCACAUGUGGCUAGCGCACCGCGGAGGGUUCACGGCGGUGAUGCGCGAAGGCGAAGCGGACGCGGGACGCGUCAAGGUGCGCGUCAUACAGACGGGCGAGGUCAUAACUGUGGAUGAGGAUGAUUUGGAAAAGGCGAACCCGCCGCAACUAGAGCGCGCGGAGGACAUCGCGUCGCUCCGCUGCCUGAACGAGUGCGGCGCGCUGCACGUGCUGCGGUCGCGCGCGGCGGCCGGCCUGCACCACGCGCGCGCCGGCCACGCGCUGCUCGUCAUGGGGCCGCCCAGACGGACCACGCCCGUCUAUACUGAGAAGGUCGCGGCGAUGUUCCGCGGCUGUCGGAUGGACGACAUGCCGCCGCACGUGUUCGCAGCGGCGCAGUCGGCUCACCGGUGCAUGCUGGCGUCCAGGAAAGAUCGCGCUAUCGUUUUUCUUGGGAGAUCCGGCUCGGGCAAAACAUCGGCGAUGAGACACUGCGUUUGGUAUCUCGCGAGCGCGUACCCCGCGCAGGGAUCCAAACUCACCCCGGAGAGGCUCGAAGCUGCUCUCGACGUCCUUCAUAUAUUUGGUUCUAGUCGAACUGGGUCCAACACUCACGCAACACGUUUCGUGUCGCUAACGUCACUGGACUUCGACGGCGGCGGCGCCUUGGUGUCCGCCUCCGUGCAGACACUGCUGCCGGACCUCAGACCAGACCAGUCGCAUUUAAGGGCAUUGCAAAUUCUUUUCCACGGCUGCGACGGCCGCCUCCGCCGCGAGCUGCUGCUCGACCAGGCGCCCGUGAACGCGCCCAACCCGUACAUCAGCUCCAGCGAUAAGGCCGAAGCUCCGAGCGAAUUUGCCGCCCUGAAGGAGGCCCUCCAGGUCAUCGGGGUGACUGAGCAGGAGCAGAUGGCCGUGUGGAAGAUAUUGGCUGCCGUAUGCCAUUUGGGAUGGGCUGGGGUUGUGAGAGCGAACGCGGGCGCGGCGCUGCGGCAGCAGUUCGCGAGCUCGGGCUGCGCGGCGCGCGCCGCCCGCCUGCUCGCCGUCGGCGCCGACGAGCUCGCGCGCGCCGCCUUCGCGCCGCCCGCCGACGCGCCGCGAACUCCAUCGCCGUCAAACGAACGAGAGUCGCCGGGCGUAGAUUCAUUAGACGCAUUCGUGACCGGCCUGUACAAUGAAACAUUCAACAUCGUUGCUGCAUUGGUUAAUAGGAGUAUAUCUACAUCGUCACGAACAUCAGCGUCCAUUUUGUUAUUAGACACGCCCGGAGCCGACAACCCGCUCUGUGCGGGACAACAGAGCGGAGCACCGCUAUCCAAGCUCCUUUCGAACUAUCUACAGGAAAGACUUCAAGGAGUAUUUCAUGAGGCAAUGCUAGUUGCGCCUCGAGAGCGAUAUGCCCAAGAGGGAAUCACCCUAGAUGAUGGAUCGGAAGAAGAUUGGUUAUCAGAAACCGUUAAUCCAGGACCUAUGAUAGACUUGCUCGACAAAGCGCCACAAAACUCGAUAGUGCGAAGCUCGCAAGCGGAUUUACGUGAUUGCGACCGACGCGGCCUGCUUUGGUUGCUGGACGAGGAGUCGAUGUACCCGGGCUCGUCGGACGACACGUUCCUGGAGCGCGCGAUGACGCACUACGGCGCGCCGCACCACACGCAGCACCUCAUCAAGAAGGCGCCGCACGCCCGCCAGUUCAGCUUGCAGCACUUGCAGGGUACCAAUCCAGUAUUAUAUGACGUCACUGGCUGGGUAAAGGCCAGCCGCGAGAAUCCUGUCACCAAGAAGGCGUACGCUUUACUGCAAGAAAGUCAAAACGAGGACAUAGCGCGCGUGUGGGCGUGGGCGCGCGGCGCGAGCGGCGCGGGCGGCUGCGGCUGGUCGGCGCUGGGCGACGCGGCCACGCUGCGCCGCGCCUCCUCCAUACGCCGCACGCUCACCUCGGGCACGGCGGGCAUGAAGCGCCGCUCGACGGCGCUGCAGGCGAAGUUCGUGGCGGACGGCGUGGUGGACACGCUGCGGCGCUGCGGCGCGGCCGGCGCGCACUUCGUGUGCUGCCUGCUCGCGCGCCAGCCCGCCGCCGCCGCCGCCGCCGGCGCCGCGCCCGCGCCCGACGCGCCCGACGCGCCCGACGACAUCAACGUGCCGCUGCUGCGCUCCCAGUUUCGCGGCUUCCAGUUGCUCGAGGCAGCGAGGUUGUAUAAACAGGGAUUCCCUGAACACAUGCCCCUUUCGGAGUUUGCGAGGAGGUAUCGACUUCUGGCUAUAUCCGAAAGCGAAACACCAGAAAGCGCAACUCUAUCAGACAGACAGAUUGUUGACGAUAUGCUGCUCACCCUGGACCUAGACGUCACCAGCUAUAGACUUGGUCUUACGCAGAUCAUGUUCCGUGGCGGCGUGGUGGGCGAGCUGGACGCGCGACGCGACGCAGCGCUGGCCCGCGUGCUCGUGCGCCUGCAGGCGCGCGCACGCGGUCUGCUCGCGCGCCGCCGGGCGCAGAAGCUGCGCACGCAGCAUACGGCCGCUAGAUGCGUCCAACGCAACGUGCGCGCGUUCCUGGCGGUCCGCGAUUGGCCGUGGUGGCGCCUGCUCGUGCGCGUCACGCCGCUGCUCGCCGUGCACCGCACGGAGCACCGCCUGAAGCAAGCGCAGGAGGAACUUGACACACUUCGCUCGAAAUUGGAGAAGGUGGAAAAUGAGCGGACCCACUACAAGAAUGAAUCUGAAAGACUUGAAACCAAACUAUCCGAGGUGGGUGGCGAGUUGGCCGAGGAGCGCGCCGCGGCGGCGCUGGCCACUGAGCGAGCUGAUGCUGAAGCGGCCGAGCGCCUGCGCAUCGAGAGGGACAAUAGGGAACUGCUUGCUAACAACCAGAGGUUGCAGCAGGCGUCCGAGCGGCUGGAGCUGGAGCUGCUGCACUGGCGCUCGGCGGACGGCGGCGGCGCCGAGCCGUCCGACUCGGAGGGCUCGGAGGCGGAGGGCGCCGGCGACAAGUACAAGCGGCGCUGGGAGCGCGCGCACCGCGAGCUGCAGCUGCUGCGCGCGCAGCUGCGCCGCCAGCACGAGGACGACCUCGAGCAGCUCGUCACCGUCAAGAAGCAGCUCGAGAAGAAGGUUCAAGAUGCGUAUGAAGAAGUCGAGGAGCAGAGAGCGGUUGCCGCGCAAUGGAAACGCAAACUGCAAAAAUUGACCAACGAUAUGGCCGACCUACGGUCAUUACUAGACGAACAGACGUGCCGCAACAACUUGCUGGAGAAGCGGCAGCGCAAGUACGACGCGGAGGUGCAGAGCUCGCAGGAGGAGCUGAAGCGCGAGCGCGCCGCCCGCGAGCGGCUCGCGCGCGAGCGCGACCAGGCGCACGCCGAGAAGUACGCGCUCGAGCAGAGCCUCUCUGAAGCUCGGCUGGAGGUCGAGCUGAAGGAGGAGCGUCUGGCGGCGGCGGCGCGCGAGCUGGAGGAGCGCGGCGGCGGCGGCGACGAGCUCAGCGCGCUGCGCCGCGCCAAGGCCGAGCUGGAGCGCCGCGUGCGCGACCAGGAGGAGGAGCUGGACGAGCUCGCCGGCCAGAUACAGUUGCUGGAGAGUUCAAAGCUUCGAGUGGAAAUGCUACUGGAGCAGCAGCGCAAGGAAGCCCGCCUCGAGGCGGCCGCGCGGGACGACGAGAUGGAGGAGACUAGAGCCAACGCCGCUAAGAAACUUAAGAUACUAGAGAGCCAGCUGGAGAGCGAGCACUCGGAGCGCAGCCUGCUGCUGCGCGAGCGGCACGAGCUGGAGCGGCGCCUGGCCGCGCUCGAGGAGACCGCGCGCGCCGAGACGCAGGAGCAGCUGCAGCUCGUGCACCGGCUCAAGAGAGAUUUGAAACGAUACCGCGCACUGUUACGAGACGCUCAGACGAUGUUGGAACAAAAGGAGAAGGAAGGUGGUGGCAAAGCCCAAAUUCGACAGUUGAAAAAUCAGGUGGAAGACCUAGAGCUGGCCCUGCGUGCUGCGAACAAAGCGCGUUCGACCGCUGAAGCAGAAGCUUCUGAAGCAGCUGCAGCGCUUGAAGAAGCGAAUCGGGCUAGAAAUGAAGCGGCCGAGCGAGCGCUCUCCGCUGGCAGGGAUGCCGCUGCUGCACGGGCGCAGUUGGAUGACGCGGAAGAAGAGGCUGCUGAGCUGCUGAAGAAGUACCGCGCGAGCACGAGCGCGCUGUGCGCGGCGCAGGCGGAGGCGCGCGAGGCGGAGGCGAAGGCGGAGGCGGCGGGCGAGGACGCGCGCGCCGCCCGCGAGCGCGCCGCCGAGCUGGCCGCGCGCCUCGCCGCCGCCGAGGCGGGCCACGAGCACGGCCAGCUCGAGGCCGAGCGCCGCCUCGAGCUCAGGAACAAGGAGCUGGAGUCGAGCCUGGAGCUGGAGGCGACGUCGCGCGCGCGCGUGGAGGCGCAGGCGGCGCGGCUGCGCGACGCGCACGAGCAGCUCGCGCACGAGCUGGCGCAGGCGCGCGCGCGCGACGCCGCCGCCGCCGACGAGCUGCGCAAGCUCGCGCGGCAGCUGCGAGAACUCAAAGAAGAAAACACAUCGCUGAACGCCAAGCUGAGCGAGGCGCUGCGGCUCAAGAGCGCCGCGGAGUCAGCGGCCCAAGCGGCUGCAGCGGAAGCGGCCGCCGCGCGCGACGAGGCGAGGCUGGCCGCGCGCCGCGCCACAGCGCUGCAGGAGGCGAUAGCCGGCGACCUGUCCAGCCCGGGUGACUCUAGGGACACUGACAGUGAAAACGACAGCUACAGCUCGGAUGAGUCGAUCGGCACGUUCCUGGCCAACCACAAGCUGAGCCCCUCCGCGCCCUCUCGCACCAGCCUGCAUCAGGACUCGCACAAGUCCAACAGCCCCGAGGGCCGGCACAGCCGCUCGAGCGUCGGCUCCGGCUCGAAGCCGCUCAGCCCCACGAAGGAGUCGUUCGCAUAACAGCCGCCCGCCGCGGGCGCCGGCCUGCUCGGCGCGCUGCCCGCGCUCUGCGCCGUGUUCUGCCGCCAGCGCGCCGCCGCGCACGUCGUCAUCGAGUAGACGAGCCAUGGACGCAGUGACGAGCCGCCAUCUUGUCGUGUACGUCACUUUGACAGCACCGCCAUUUUGAAUUGUGACUUUUUAAUUUCGGUAGUUAUUUGACAACACAUGCAUUAUUAUUACGAAAUGGAUAUGCUAAUUGACAAGUUUCUAAUUACUGUAAUUGAAAAUGUGUGUGAAUUAUUCCCUUUUACCGAUGAUGACGGUCGGUCUAAUACUACUGUAAGUCAUUAAAAUUAUAUUUAAAACGUAUUUUAGUGCAAUAUGGCGUGCAAAGCUAAUUUAUUGUCUAUGGUGUCAAGUGGAUGUUUGGACUGAGUAUACGUGAUUUAUUGUGAGUAGAUAUGUGACGUGCUUGGAAUCGUUAUACAAUAACACCAAUUUGACUAUAAUAUACUAUAAUCGACUACUAAAACUAUCAAAUUCUUAUUAACAGCAAUAAAUACAACUAAUAGAGUUUAUAAGCUGAGCAUUUGUUAUCAAAAACGUAUUAGGUGUGGUAUUAUUACACUGCUCAAUCAUUUAUACAUUGCUAUACAUUUGUGAGGCUAUACAUUUUUGACUUUUCUAGAUUUUGAUAUACAUCAUAAUAUAUCCAUUUUUAACUUAGUAAAACGGCACUAGUCUUCGCCAAGUUAUUAGCAUCGCUGAUUUGUUUACAUAAAUUGCAUGCAUUCCAAAUAGAUCAUACUUAUAUUAAACUUGGCUUGACUUUACCAUGAAACAACAAGGCUUGGACAUUAUUUAUUUAGCUGGUAAUUUUAUUAGGAAAUUGUUUAUGUGAUUAGAUGUUGAGCUGACUUCAGCCAAUCAGUAUUUAGAUGAAAUAGAGACGGGAUUAUCACUGUAAUAUUAGGUUGAUUGUUAUUUAGUUAGCUAACAUGUAAAUAAUUAGAUUGCGUAUACAUUAUUAUUAUUAUUUAAUUUGUAAUAUUCGUGUGAUCAGACUGUUAUUGUAUGAUUUUGUUACACUGUAAGUUGUUGCUUUAUAAACGAUCAAACAUAUCUGUUAGGUACCUAAUAUAUCGAAUUCCUUAUUGACUGGUUUUUGUUUUAUUUAAUUUUAUUAGCGAUCUGUAAUCGUAAUGUAUUUCUCAAUGUUUUAUGAAUAUACAUAAUAUAAUUAUAAAAUCUUCUAAAUAUUCAUAAUGUACCCUAGAUAUGUGUCUAUAACCAUUGUCUUCUUUAUAUCUAUGUGUAUUGUACGAUAAUGUGAUGAAAUGUUACUGCGUUCAAUAUUGGUUGUAAAUGAAAUUAUUUAAUAAAGUAACUCAUGGAAAUAUAAA